AUGCCGCCGCUUGCGACGCUGUCACCACCUCGUCAACCCGGGUCCGCUUUAUAUUGCCCGGCGGAUAGCCAUCCAUCCUUUCUACUGCACCCCUCGCAUUCAGCUAACACCACACCAUCCCGUGCGUCCUCAAUGGCGUCCUCAAUGGCGUCCUCACCCCUUGACGGGAAAGCCGCCGUCGCCACAGACGAUAAUAUCAACUCCAAUGAACCCCUUCCAACGACAGACAGUGGCAACAGGUCCAUCACAUCUCGUAUCAAGGCCAUGAUCAAGCCCGAAGCCUCGGACAAUGAGAAAGACCGAGACAAUUCUCUACCCCCCGUACCCGCUCGCCAGCUCUUCGCGUAUUCCACCCCCAACGAGCGCUGGCUCAUGGUCAUCGCCUGCGUUGCUGCUGCCGCUCAUGGAACCAUUCUCCCUCUCUUCACAAUCAUAUUUGGCAGUGUCAUCGACGUUUUCGAUGAAAACACUAUAAGUGCCGAAGAGCUCAACACUCUCACGAGCGCAAUUGGUAGCAAGGCCAAGUGGUUUCUCAUUCUGGGAGCUGUCGCCUUCGUAGUCAGCCUCAUUCAAGUAAGGUUUCAGCUCGUCUUCGCCCAGCGCGUUGGGAAUCGACUUCGACGUCUAUUUUUCGACUCACUCAUGAGACAGGAUUAUGCUUGGUAUGACCAAAACGACGGCGGCGAGCUCACUGCACGCGUCGCAAGUGAUGUCAGUCUCAUUGAAGGUGGUAUUGGCGAUAAGUUUUCCUCAGCUGUUCAAUUCAUGUCCAUGUUCGUAUCGGGUUUCAUCAUCGCUUUCGUGUAUAGUUGGAAGCUCACGUUGGUUAUCCUUGCCAUUGCCCCGUUGCUCGCUAUCAGUGGUGCCUUAUUUGGAAAGCUUGCCGCUGAUAGUACGAGCGAGAGUCUUGGCGCCUAUGGUGCUGCUGGUGGUAUUGCAAAUGAGGUCCUCAACCUUAUCCGAACUGUUACGGCGUUCAAUGGACAAGAAACGGAGGCCAAGCGCUACGAAGUUCACUUGCAGCAUGCGUAUCGAGCAGGAAUUAUGAAGAGUGCUUUCAGCGGUGCCGCCCUCGGCUUCACCUACUUCGUUAUAUUUGCUACCUUCGCAGUUGCAUUUUCAUUCGGAGCAGGACAAGUCCGAAAUGAAUCUGUGAAGGCCGGUGAUGUCAUCGUCACCUUUUUCAGUGUCUUCGUUGCCACUAUUUCAAUCGGACAAGCUGCUCCCGCUUUUAAUGCGUUUGCUAUUGCUCGCGGUGCUGCACCACGUGUCUAUGAAGUCAUUCGUCGCCAGAGCAUGAUCGACCCUUUGAAUGAAGAUGAAGGUCGAAUCCUCCCGAACGUUAGAGGUGAUAUUGAGUUUCGAGGGGUCAAUUUCAAUUACCCAACACGAAACCACGACGAAAUGGAGGACAACAGUGCACGACCGAAUGUGCUUUCUGACUUUGACUUGACGGUCAAGGCUGGCAGGAGCCAGGCUCUCGUCGGAAGCAGUGGCUGUGGAAAGAGCACAACCGUGCGCCUCAUCGAACGAUUCUACGAUGUUAAUGAAGGCCAAAUUUUCUUGGAUGGGGUUGACUUGCGCGACUUGAACGUCCGCUGGCUUCGCAGUCAGAUCGGAUACGUUGGCCAAAUGCCUACUCUCUUCAUGCUUUCCAUUCGUGAGAAUAUUGCUCUUGGCGCUGCCAUGGAAGUUGUGGAUGCGGACAAGUCUGGCAGGACAGUGCUCAAGAGAUCGACGGUCACCGAGGAAGCAAUUGUGAAGGCCGCCAAGAUGGCAAACGCGCAUGAUUUUAUUAUGAAACUACCGGAGCGGUACGAUACGCUGCUUGGAGAACGUGGUGCUUUGUUGAGUGGCGGGCAGAAGCAGAGAAUUUGCAUUGCUCGGGCCCUUGUGCGGAACCCCAAAAUUCUGCUGCUUGACGAAUCUACAAGCGCACUAGAUGCUCGGUCUGAACGCAUUGUGCAAGAUGCCCUGGAAGCUGCGUCUGAGGGUCGAACGACGAUUACCAUCGCUCAUCGUCUGAGCACUGUGAAGAACGCCGACAGGAUUUCCGUUAUCGAUGAAGGAUUGGUCGCAGAAAGCGGCACCCAUGACGAGCUCAUUCGUGUCGAAGGUGGUGCAUACAGGCGUCUUGUCGAGUACCAAAAUGUCGAGGCGAAGAAUAGAGGUCUAUCUUCAGAAGCAGCUGAGAUCGGGGAAGGCACAGGUGCCACAAAGGCGCAGACUGAGUCUAUUUCCAAGACUGCUCAUCUUCACGCGGCGGCCGAAGAAGAAGAGUUGUCUGCAACCGACAAGGGUGUUCUGAAACGAGCGUUCGCUAUGAAUAUCAAGGAGCUACCGUUUAUAAUCUUGGGCAUGAUUGGUGGUGCUCUGGCUGGAGCAUCCUUUCCAGCUUUGGCCAUUACCUUUGCAAGUGUUAUCGAUGUCCUAUCUGCAAAAGAUAAUGAAGCAGAAGUCCGAAAAUGGUCUCUCCUCUUCGUUCUCCUCGGAGGAAUUGCAUUUAUUGGAUAUUUCACGCAGCUGGCAAUGUUAGGCAUCUCUGGUGAGCGUCUUACGCGCAAGCUUCGUGGGUUGGCGUUUAGAUCGCUGUUAAAGCAAGACAUGGGCUUUUUCGACAAGAAGGAGAAUUCAGUCGGUCAACUGACGAGCCGCCUGGCAACGGAAGCCACUCUCGUUAAAGGGAUCACUGGUGAUACGUUGGGCGCAACGGCCGUGGUGUGCGGGACUCUGUUGACUGGGUUUCUCGUCGCGUUUUUAUCCUGCUGGCGAGUUGCGCUGGUUGUAACGGUUGUUUUCCCGUUCAUGGCAAUCUCUGAGGCUGCAAACGUGAAGAUGAUCUCUGGGUUUGACGCCGAUUCCAACAAGAAGUUUGCCCAAGCUGGGGCUGUGGCGUCGGAGGCAGUUGAUAACUAUGACACCGUUACCGCGAUUGGCGCUCAAGACGUGUUCAUCGACAGGUACAAUGACGAGCUGAAGGGGCCACUUCGAACUGGACAAAGGACGGCGCUUUCGUCUGGAGUCGCGUUUGGUGUUGCAGAGUUUCUGUCUCAAGCUCUAUGGGCGAUAUCCUUUUGGGUAGGGUCCAUUUUCGUACAGAAUGGAAACUGUGAAUUCGUCGGGUUGAUGAAGGCGGUGAGUGGACUUUUAUUUGCGGGCUCGGCCUUGGGCCAGGCUGCGAUGUUUAUGCCAGACUACGGGAAGUCCAAGGUCGCGGCAACAAACAUUUUUCGUUUGUUAGACAGAAAGUCCGAGAUCGACCCAACAAGCGAAGAAGGGAACAGCCGUGAGAUCGUGGGAAGAGUGGCGGCUGAUAAACUCGAAUUCGAGUAUCCGAGUCGAACGGACGUGCCUGUGCUACGAGGAUUGUCGCUGGAGGUGGAAGACGGGCAAACUUUGGCACUGGUUGGCGAAAGCGGGUGCGGAAAGUCGACUAUCGUAUCACUGAUCGAACGGAUGUACGAUGCGCGAAACGGGACACUCCUGAUUGAUGAGGUGGACAUCAAGGAGUACGAAGUCAAGGGCCUACGGCAGCAAAUGGGGAUCGUGUCCCAGGAGCCGGACCUGUUCAACCGGACUGUGCGUGACAAUAUCGCAUACGGUCUAAGCCACACGGACGGAACGCCUGUAACGGACUCUAUGAUUGAAGCAGCAGCCAAAGUAGCCAACGCACAUGACUUUAUCACGGAGCUGUCACAAGGAUACGACACGAUGGUUGGGGUCCGCGGGAGCAAGCUGUCCGGUGGGCAGCGACAGCGUGUGGCGAUUGCGCGUAGUUUAGUGCGGGAGCCGAAGAUCUUGCUGCUGGACGAGGCGACGAGCGCGCUGGACGCAGUGUCCGAGCGGGCUGUGCAGCAAGCGCUGGAGGAGGCCGGGAAGGGCAGGACGACUAUUGCGAUCGCGCAUCGGUUAUCGACGAUCCAGGACGCUGACGUGAUUGCAGUGGUGAAGAGGGGAAAGAUUGUGGAACGUGGGACACAUGAAGAGUUGUUAGAGAAGGGCGAGGUUUAUGCUAAGUUGAUUAAGAAUCAGUUGUCGGCAGUCGAAUGAGUGGGCGACUCCGAAAAACAUAAAUUGUGUACGCACAAAUUUCCUUGUGUAUGUGUGUCGUAUUUUGUGCCUUGGCACGGAAAUGCAUGUGAACAAAAAUUUGUGUAAGACACAUUUAAUGCCAAUUCACCCUCAGUGAGGUGUCAGCACGCCGGCGGACGGAUUGCGGUACCCCCUUCACGCCCUAUCCUAUGAUACUGACGAAGGAGCCGCCGGCUUGGGGACAAAUAUCGGGUGCCGGCUCCUCGUCGGAGUCGGCAACAUGAGCCAUGUAGACGUUGGGCUGCGGGGUUGGACAGCGGCUGAUACGACGGAGGGAAAGUGUGGAGGGAGGCCAGAUCGAAAUAGGAAUGAG